AUGUCGACCGACGAUUCUCUCCCUUUAAAUUCGUCCAAAAAGGCCUACUCGAAGUCGCAUGCCCGGAGUUUAUCCUUGGAUCUCGACCUGAAGAUGAAGAAUACUCUCGUUUCCGCUCCUCCUUCUCUCAAGCGAUUCGUAAAGGCGGUUUAUUCUUGGCCAGUCUUUAUCGCUGCCCUGUCUGUCACAUUCGUUUUUCUACUUGGCUAUCAUCUGGGCAACAGUGCUGCGGAAUAUAGACCUGGGAUUGGUCCUGAUAUCUCUCUCCAGACUUCACUCGCACCGAUAAAGGACCGACCCUUGAUCACAUAUGUCUACUUCGAAACGGAAAAUGCUCGCAAGAACGCCCUCUUUUUCAUCCGACAUGGUCUCCACUUCGAGGCAGAUUUCAUAUUCAUCAUUAACGGCGAAAGCGACAUUGUCGACCAAAUCCCAGUUUUGUCGAACAUUAAGAUAAUACGACGGAAGAAUACUUGCUUCGAUUUAGGUGCCCAUGCUGAGGUACUAACCGAUAAUAACAAUGCUUUGAUAAACAGCUAUAGGCGAUUUAUUUUACUUAAUGCCUCUAUUCGAGGGCCCUUUAUGCCAACAUGGAGUCGAGAAUGUUGGAGUGAUGCAUACUUGGCCAAAGUCACCGAGAAGAAUAAGUUGGUCGGCAUGACUAUGAACUGCAACAUCGACAAGGGAAGGAUGAAGGUCUUGAACUCAAUGAUAUACGCCACAGACCGUAUCGGUCUGAACCUUAUCCUCCCAGUUAUCUCGCAUUGCUUUAAAAACUUUGGCUCUGCUGUACAAGCCGAAAACCGAGCCGCUCGAGAAGUUCUUAAUCAAGGAUACGAUGUUGAGGCACUUAUGACCGCUGCAUCCUCGCUACCCGAUUACGCCAGACAAUGCACCCAUGGCACCGUCCUUCGACCUAACUCAUACUUUGGUAUCAACCUUCAUCCUUACGAAACAAUAUUUCAGAAGGCGAAUCGUGACAUUGCUCCGAAAAUGUUGGAUUUAAUGACAAAAUGGCAUGACCAGUCGAACUAUUCCAGCUGGGAAGUUUGCUCGAAAGCGAAGAAAGGGAUCUGGUAG